CAUGUUAGUUCACUCGUGAGGCAUAUGGAUAGCAAUGUGAUUUCUACGAAACACGCACAGGAUUACGUUUAACAAAAUCAGUCGACUUUUAAACGCGCCACCUGCAGGAUGUCUCUGUUCAAGGCACGGGAGUGGUGGGCCAGCGUCCUGGGGGAGGGGGAGGAGUUCGACCAGGGCUGCCUGUGCGUAGGGGACGUGGACAACAGUGGAACUGGCUUUGACAAAGUGGUGGUGGGCAGCUACAUGGGGAUGCUGCGCGUCUUCCUGCCCCGCCCGUCGAAACCCGGCGAGGCGGCGGAGGCCGACACUCAGCUGCUGGAGGUGCACCUCAAGGACCCCAUCAUCCAGCUGGAGCUCGGCAAGUUCGUCUCGUGUUCAGAGCUUCUCCACCUCGCUGUGCUGCACCCCAGAAAGCUCUCCGUCUACGCUGUGGCAGGUACUGCUGGUAAUGUGGAGCAUGGUGAUCAGUAUCAGCUGAGGCUGGUGUACGAACACACACUGCAGCGCACGGCAUGCAACAUGACAUACGGGCCCUUUGGAGGAGUCACAGGCCACCACUUCAUCUGUAUCCAGUCUAUGGACGGCAUGCUGAUGUUCUUCGAGCAGGAGACGUUCGCCUUCGGCCGCUUCCUGCCCGGUUUCCUGUUGCCCGGCCCGCUCUGCUACUGCGCCCGCACGGACGCCUUCCUCACCGUCUCCUCCGCACGGCAGGUGGAGAGCUACAGGUACGAGGCGCUGGCUGUGGCUACAGACGCGGACACCAGGCAGGAGGCGGAGCAACAGACCAAGAGCUCUGGGAAGAGACUACAGGCUGACUGGACUCUGGUUCUGGGCGAGGCUGCUCUGGACCUGGUGGUGUGCUCCUUCUCUGCGUCCUCUCAGGGCUCUGCGUCCUCUCAGGGCAUCUUGGUGCUGGGGGAGCGCAGCCUCUACUGCCUGAAGGACAGCGGCCAGGUGCGCUUCAUGAAGAAACUGGAGUACAACCCUAGCUGUUUCCUGCCCUACGCAGCAGCAGGUGACGGUGUGACCAGUGUGUUGAUGGGGAACCACAACAGCAUGCUGCUGGUCUACCAUGACGUGACCCUCAAGUGGGCCGCACAGCUCGCCUCCGUACCAGUGGCCCUCAGGCUCGCCAACUUCCAGGACCUGCGUGGUGUGGUGGUGUCCCUGAGUGCGGACGGCCAGCUGCAGUGCUCCUACAUGGGUACGGACCCGUCCUUCUUCUCGGUGCCCAAGGUGGAGGCGCGCGAGGUCAACUACGAGGAGGUGGAGGCCGAGAUGCGGGCGCUGCAGAAGGUCAUCAGGGAGACCACCCGGACACAAGACAUCCUGCCGAGGGCGGAUAUUGAGGAUGAGUUGAUCAUCACGGCCUCUGUGUCCGCAGAUCUGGACAAAGUUUCGAAAGCUCUCCUGUCAGAGAUCAAUGGAGCCGCAGUGCCAUCCAUCACGGUGCAGAUCAAGGUCAAGGUCAAGGGUGCGGUGCGGAACCCCAAGAUGACCGUGUGCGUUCAGCCGCCGCUCGCCGUCUCACAGGACCAGUUUGUGCUGGACUCCCUAGGCAGCGGGGCUCAGAGCUCGGUGUCCUUCUCGGCGUACCUGAACGGACCUUACCUGCCGGCCGACCUGGCAGGGGACGUGGCCGUGUCCUACAGCUCUCCUACAGAGCUCAACCCCUCAGGUGAGUACUAG